AUGGCUUCUGACUACUCUGACGACGACAUGCCCUUGGCACGCCCCAAUGGCCACCUCUCAGCAGCAGUCGUCUCCAAGGCCGACCAGGCCAAGGACGUUUCUCGGUCGGCGGGUUUGCCUGCGCCUGUCUCCAUCCGCCAUGGACCCGUCCCCAAUGGCGAUGCUAUGGACCUUGACAGCCCUCAUGCCAAUGGCAACGCCAAGAGAAAGUCGAGGAUCUCCGCCAUCACCAGCUACAAGGACGAAUCGGACAGUGACGACGCGCCUAUAGCCAAACGCCAAAGGAAGGUUCAGGCUGACUCAGAUUCCGAUGAUGAUGCGCCUCUCAACGCCAGGAAGGGACGACUGCCCCCCAAGGCCACCAGGGCUGAUAUGAUCGACAGCGAUUCAGACGACGACAAGCCUCUGACUGUCAAGCUGGCCCAGAAGAAGAAAGAGAUCGAGGACGCAGCGGCCAAGGAAGGCAAGGCGAAGAGGAAGUCCAUCAAAGACGAGUCCGACUCUGAUGCCCCACUGGCUGCGCCCAAGAGGAGACAAUCCAACGGCGUAGCCAAGAAGGCUAACGGCGUCAAGAAAGAGGCCGACUCAGACUCGGACGCGCCUCUCAAGAAGCCUACCAAAGCAAAAGCCAAGCCGGCUGUGAAACCUUCUCCCGCGAUCAAGGGCAAGGCAAAGGCUGCACCUGUUCCCGCCAAGAAAGCUGCUGCGAAGAAGGAUGUCAAAAAGGCCGAGAGUGAGGAGGCUGAAGAGGAAGAGGAAGGUGACAGAUGGUGGGACAAGCCAAUGCAAGAGGACAGUGGCACCAAGUGGGAAACGCUUGAGCACAACGGUGUCAUAUUCCCCCCCGCCUACGAGCCUCUUCCCAAGAGCGUCAAACUCAUAUACGAUGGUACGCCCGUCGUGAUGCAGCCCGAGGCGGAAGAGGUGGCCGUAUUUUUUGGAUCCAUGAUCGACAGUGCACACGCAGCAAACCCAGUCUUCCAGAAGAACUUCUUUGAAGACUUCAGGGAGGUCCUCGCUGAGCAUGGUGGUGCCAAGGAUAAGCAAGGCAACAAGGUCAACAUUAAGGACUUUUCCAAGUGUGAUUUCAAGCCCAUCUUCGAUCACUACAAGGCCAAGUCAGAAGCCAAGAAGACUCGCUCCAAGGAAGAGAAGAAGGCUGAGAAGGAGAAGAAAGACAAGGAAGAAGAACCCUUCAAGUUCUGUGUCUGGAACGGUAGAAAGGAAAAGGUUGGCAAUUUCCGCAUCGAGCCUCCGUCUCUGUUCCGUGGUCGCGGCGAACAUCCCAAGACCGGCCGGCUCAAGCUUCGCGUCAAGCCGGAACAAGUCACCAUCAACAUCGGUAAAGGCGCCAAGGUGCCAGAGCCUCCUGCUGGCCACAAGUGGAAGGCUGUGAAGCACGACCAAAGCGCAUCGUGGCUUGCUAUGUGGCAAGAGAACAUCAACGGCAACUACAAGUACGUCAUGACCGGCGCAGAUUCUAGCACCAAGGGUCAGAGUGAUUUCAAGAAGUUCGAAAAGGCGCGCAGUCUCAAGAAGUACAUCGAACGGAUCCGCAAGGAUUACAACAAGGACCUGAAGUCGGAGAUAAUGAGUGAUCGACAAAGGGCGACGGCAAUCUACCUGAUUGAUAAGCUUGCCCUAAGAGCUGGCAAUGAAAAGGAUACCGAGAACGAAGCCGAGACUGUUGGUUGUUGCUCGCUGAAAUACCAACAUAUCACGCUUCGAGAUCCGGAAACAGUCAUCUUUGAUUUUCUGGGCAAGGACAGUAUUCGAUACUACGACGAGAUCCGGGUGGAGAAGCAGGUGUUCAAGAACCUCAAGCUUUUCAAGAAACACCCCAAGGGCGAAGGUGACGAUAUCUUUGACCGACUCACCACCUCAUCGUUGAACAAGCACCUGAACAGUUACAUGCCUGGUCUGACUGCCAAGGUUUUCCGCACCUACAAUGCUUCGUGGACCAUGAGCAGGUUGCUCAAGGAGCUCAAGUUCCCGCCGGGUGCCACCAUAGCCGACAAGAUGCUCGAGUACAAUAAGGCCAAUCGUGAGGUGGCCAUUCUUUGUAACCACAAGCGGACUGUUGGCGCCGGCCAUGCAGCUUCAAUGGAGAAAAUGCAGGAUCGGAUCAAAGCUAUCAAGUUCCAGAUUUGGCGCCACAAGUUGAUGCUCGUGGAUCUUGACGCCAAGCUCAAGAAGAAGAGAGGUGCUGACUACUUCAAACUCGAAGAGGACAUGAACAAUGAUGAAUGGGUUCAGCAGCACAUCGAGUUCCUGGUCGAGCAGGAGCGCACCAAGAUCACCAAGAAGUUCGAGACUGACAACAAGAAACGGGCCGAUAAUGGCGAGAAGCCGUUUCCUGAGAAGGAGUUGAAAGAAAGAUUGAAGGUGGCUGAUGCUCUUGGUAAAGAACGUAAGAAGGAGUGGAAGUCGAAGAAGGUUGAGGCUGAGGGCAAAGGGCCGACGGUUGAGAAGAUCGAUCAGAAGAUUGAGAAGCUCGAAACCAGUCUCAACCAGGCCGAACGCAAGAUGGAGACCCAGGAGGACAACAAGGAGGUUGCUCUUGGUACCUCGAAGAUCAACUACAUCGACCCUCGUCUUUCUGUUGUAUUCUGCAAGAAGUUUGACGUUCCUAUCAACAAGGUCUUCUCGAAGACUCUUGAGGCCAAGUUCGAAUGGGCCAUCAAGUCUGUUGAGGAAGACUGGGAGUUUUAA